GUACAAAGGGCUGUCAGCUGUUCGUCGGCAUGUUAGGUGAACUUGUUUUAAGUCACGUAAAGUCCGCCGAGUCGCUGUCAAGGCGGAGGGACUCCUGUUAAAUCAACACCAUUUUUUUUUAGGGGGGAACCUUUCAGCGGGGUGCCUCAUUUCUACACGGAAUUCUAUCACACCGGGACCGUAAAUACACCGUCGUAGCUUGUUCCUGCGGCCCGGCAUAGACGGCGGGGGGGGGGGGGGGGUGUGUGGUGGGAAACGAUGAGGAUUUAACAAGAGAACAUCGCCGUGUCAAUGACACGAACCGAUAUCUUCCCCUCGACGUGAAAGCAGAGCCGUUAAGUUCGCGGGUUCCGGUGUGAAAACUCAAACCGAGGGAUGGAGUCGUGUCGGCGGACGGGACUCAGCGGGGUCCUGUGCUCCCUGUCGCUGCUGUGCGUCGUGCUGGACAUCCAGCUGGACGGUGUCCUGGGGGCGACUCACGUCGAGAUCGAGCACCACUUGGAGAUGGGUCGCAAGCUUUUGGCCGCCGGUCAACUGGCUGAAGCGUUGUCCCACUAUCACUCUGCCGUAGAGGGAGACUCUAAGAACUACCUCACCUACUACAAGCGCGCUGCAGUGUUUCUGGCUAUGGGCAAAUCCAAAUCUGCCCUGCCAGACCUGACCAAAGCCAUCCAUCUGAAGCCUGACUUCCUGGCUGCCAGGUUGCAGAGAGGGAAUAUCCUGUUAAAGCAGGGCAGCACACAGGAGGCCUGGGAGGACUUUGAAGCUGUGCUGCAGCGCUCUCCAAACCACGAAGAAGCUCGGGAUCAGCUGAUGAGAGCGAACGAGCUGGAGGAGCUGCAGGAGGAGGCCCACGCUGCGUACCACCAAGGGGACUACAGCACCACCAUCAACGUGCUCGAGAGAGUCAUUGAGAUCUCUCCUUGGGAUCCUGAUUCUCGGGAGCUUCGCGCUGAAUGUUACAUCCGAAUGGGAGAUCCGCAGAAAGCCAUCCAGGACCUGACGCCGACCACGAGGCUACGCAACGACAACCGCGCCGCCUUCCUGAAGCUCAGCGUGCUGCACUACAGCCUCGGAGAUCACAGCGAGUCUCUCAAUCACGUCCGAGAGUGCCUGAAGCUGGACCAGGACGACAAAGAGUGUUUCAGCCACUACAAGCAGGUGAAAAAGCUCAGCAAGCAGCUGAACUCGGCAGAGGAACUAAUUCAGCAGGAAAGGCACCAGGUAGCCAUUGAUAAGUAUGAAUCGGUGAUGAAGACGGAGCCGAACGUCCUGUUCUACACCAACCUGGCCAAGGAGAAGAUCUGCUUCUGCAUGGUCAAGCUCCGAUUGGCUCUGGAGGCCAUAGACGUGUGUUCAGAGGCUCACCAGAGAGACCCCCGCAACGCCAACGUCCUCCGAGACCGAGCCGAGGCGUACAUUUUCAACCAGGAGUACGGGAAAGCUGUGGAGGACUACCUCGAGGCGAGAGAGUUUGACAGCGAAGGCGAACGCAUGGAUCUCAAAGAAGGACUGGAUCGAGCCCAGAAACUUCUCAAAGUCUCUCGUAAGAGGGACUACUACAAGAUCCUCGGGGUCGGCAGGGGUGCAAACAAGCAGGAGAUCAUCAAGGCGUACCGGAAGCUGGCGCAGCAGUGGCAUCCCGACAACUUCCAGUCGGAGUCGGAGAAGAAAGAGGCGGAAAAGAAGUUUAUCGACAUCGCGUCGGCUAAGGAGGUCCUCAUUGACCCAGAAAUGAGGCAGAAGUUCGACGCGGGCGACGAUCCUCUGGACCCUGAGAACCAGCAGGGGGGAGGCGGGGGACAGGGCUGGCCUUCCCACUUCAACCCUUUUGAGUCCGGCAGCAACUUCCACUUCAAGUUCCACCACAACUAGAGAGGAGGACUUGACGGACACCACAGGGGGGGGGGAGAUGGGGGAGAAGAACAACAACAACAACUUUCGGCGGAUUAAUGGAGAAGUCUUCCUCGGAACUUGUGCUUCAGCUUGGACACAGUUUUGUCGGUUACUCUGAGAUUUUAUUUUGAAUGCAGCGGAGGCUGGAGCUGCAGUGGACAGGGACUCGAGCCAAGGUCUGCCGGCUCCCGUCGAGGCGACGAGUCUCGCGUCGACACUCGGAGUGGAAAGGCGUCGGGCGUCGACAUUGAGGCGGGGUUGUCCGGAUCUUAUAGUUUCUUUCUUUGUGCCAUUCUUCAAACCUUUUAUCGAGGAACUUUUUUUUGAUUUUACGCAGUAGCUGCUUGGAUGUGACGUAGGAGGACUGUCGGUGCGUUGAUUUCCACUCGCAGUGUUCUUUAAAGGAAUUGCUUGUUCACCGAUCUCGGUCUACGUUUUUGACCGCGUCGAACCACGAUUUUUAUACAUCAUGGCAGCAAGAGGUUCACGUUGUUGAGCUCGAACGUGAAUGGGAAGUCCGCGCGUCUUCCGCACUAGGAGAGGAAACGUGUCGGUGUUAAAGCUUUGAAAUCCUGUGGAUCUUAAAUCAGUGCGGCGCCGUGAUUUUGUUUUAAAUUCUUUUUGUUUUUCACCAGCUAUCUCAUUGGAAUGUGAUCCUAACAUUAUGGAUGCAACUCUAUUAUGAACACUCGGCCAAAACAAACGACUAAUAUUCUGGACAAAAGUGUCGUCAUCGAUGAGUCGAGACGUGUAGUAUUUAGCUCCUUUCCUUUUCACUUAUUUCGAAGCAAAUCUUUGAAAACUUGCACUUUUACCCUUUUUGUUGGACAAACUCCACUCCUGAAAUGUUACUGCAGGUUUUUCAAAAGCCUCUUUACAAACUAAGUGUGUCUUCGAUGGUUAUCUGAGAGCCUAACUCCCACAGAAAAGGGCACAUUUCAAAUGUUAUGCUGAGCUGGGGUGGAACAUCAGUUAUAUUUAUAUAUGUAUUAUAUUUGUAACAGGAUGCUUAACCUUUAAGUUCCAGAUAAAAUCAAACUUUUUAUGAGGCUCUAGUUUCACAACCAGGAAAGACGCACAAAAGUUUAACCUUAAACUAAGAUGACAUUCUUUUAAAUAUUUUACUUUUAAGUUAUUUUGUCCAAAUAGGCUCGAGGAUACAGGGAAUCUAAACGUCUUUGAAUACCGUCAACCGCCCGACUGUGUGAACCAAAUGUGACCGGCUCUUUGUAUUUAAACCGACUGAAUGCGACUGGUUUUCUUUCUGGGUUUUUCUUUUUAGGGUUUUCUGCUGUUAGUGGCAGCGAUUUUACUGUUGCCAAACUGAAAUCAGCUGACAUGCUCCAGCGUAUUAAAAUAUUGAAGCAA